AUGGGCUACUCCGGGAGCAGUCACCAGAGUUGUGAGGAUGAAAUGGAAUCAGCGGAAGCUCAAGAAACAGCACGUACACGGACAGGACUAAGGAGUCUAAACUCUUCUUCUCUGUCUGUUUCAUUCACAUCAGCCAAUGAGCAGCUGAGGUCUUCCGCUGCUGAUAUUGAAACAAUUGGAGAAAUUCUGAAGAAAAUCAUCCCUACCUUGGAAGAGGGCCUGCAGUUGCCAUCACCCACUGCAACCAGCCAGCUCCCGCUCGAAUCUGAUGCUGUGGAAUGCUUAAAUUACCAACACUUUAAAGGAAGUGAUUUUGACUGCGAGUUAAGACUGUUGAUUCAUCAGAGUCUGGCUGGUGGAAUUAUUGGGGUCAAAGGUGCUAAAAUCAAAGAACUUCGAGAGAACACUCAGACAGCAAUCAAGCUUUUCCAGGAAUGCUGUCCUCAUUCCACUGACAGAGUUGUUCUCAUUGGAGGAAAGCCUGACAGAGUUGUAGAAUGCAUAAAGAUUAUCUUGGAUCUUAUUUCUGAGUCUCCCAUCAAAGGACGUGCACAGCCUUAUGAUCCCAAUUUUUAUGAUGAAACUUAUGAUUAUGGUGGUUUUACAAUGAUGUUUGAUGACCGCCGUGGCCAACCUGUGGGAUUUCCCAUGCGGGGAAGAGGUGGUUUUGACAGAAUGCCUCCUGGUCGUGGUGGGCGCCCCAUGCCCCCAUCUAGACGAGAUUAUGAUGAUAUGAGCCCUCGCCGAGGACCACCACCACCACCACCUGGACGAGGUGGACGAGGUGGCAGCAGAGCUCGAAAUCUUCUUCUUCCUCCUCCACCACCACCUAGGGGAGGAGAUCUAAUGGCCUAUGACAGAAGAGGAAGACCUGGAGAUCGUUACGAUGGCAUGGUUGGUUUCAGUGCUGAUGAAACGUGGGACUCGGCGAUAGAUACACGGAGCCCAUCGGAGUGGCAGAUAGCUUAUGAACCACAGGGUGGCUCUGGAUAUGAUUAUUCCUAUGCAGGGGGUCGUGGUUCAUAUGGUGAUCUUGGUGGACCUAUUAUUACUACACAAGUAACUAUUCCCAAAGAUUUGGCUGGAUCUAUUAUUGGCAAAGGUGGUCAGUGGAUUAAACAAAUCCGUCAUGAGUCAGGAGCUUCCAUCAAAAUUGAUGAGCCUUUAGAAGGAUCCGAAGAUCGGAUCGUUACCAUUACAGGAACACAGGACCAGAUACAGAAUGCACAGUAUUUGCUGCAGAACAGUGUGGAGCAGUAUUCUGGAAAGUUUUUCUAAGACUAGUGAAGAACUGAAGGAGUCCUGCAUCUUUUUUUUUUUU